GUAAAUAAAACAUAAUUAAAACGUCAAUCAAGCUCAGUUUCUCAGACACACUCUUCGGCUGUGAGGCAGGGCGGAGGAAUAAAGAGGGCGGGCGCGUCGGCGGAGACGCGCUAGUUUGGUUCGAAUAGUGGAAACAUCCCCGUUUAUCUACAAAUACAGAUACAGCAGAGAUGGAUGAGAGAAUUUAAUUUGUUGAAUCAGUUUUUGCAUGUUUCAUUAAACUGUGAAUGAAAGACGACCACCAGCAGUUGUUCAUUCAGUCGCGUUCACAGGUUUGUUUGGGGCGUCAGUCUGUAUCAUCUCGCAGGGAUGUCCGCUCAAGGGUUACUGAACAGCGUCUUCUCGUGUUCCUCUUCGGGCUCUAAAACCCUCGCGAAGAGGAAACUGCACCAGUCUCGCAGCUUGGAUUCUGCGCUGGUCAGAAGCUGCGGGACGCCCGGAGACGCCAGCGGGCACCGCUCCUUGUGCUGGAGCUCGAGCUCCACAGCUGGAUUUACUUACAGCCAAAGCACUUCAGAAAGCCUCGCGGACCCCAGACUCAAGCCGCGUCUCUCUUCCUCGAGUCUGUCGGCAUCCUCAGACGCGUCGUCGAUCUCCAGUCUUCAUUUCGACUACAGGAGCGGCAAACGCAGCGCGUCCAGGGAUUUAUCGCUCAACAUCUCUGGUUCAAACAACAUCUUCUCACCGAGGAAGUGGCUUCAAAGAAAGUUGCCCCAUUCGGAUGCUCUUUCGCACAAUCUCUGUAAAUCUGAGGGAGAUUUCACCUGUAAAAAAACAGCCGGUCAUAAUUUCCACAUGCAGUCGGUUUCCAUUCAGAGUCUGUCGGAGCUGGAGAGAGUCCGGCUGCAGGAGGUCGCUCUGGUCAGACUGAUGAAAGACUUCGAUCUGGGAUGCCAGAUCACCAUCCCCAAAGAUGGCCAGAAGCGGAAAAAGUCACUCCGGAGGAAGCUGGAUUCUUUAUCGAAAGAAAAGCGAGACAAAGAGUCGGAUCCGCAGGCGUUCAGCGUGCCGCUCUCGCAGGUGAUUUUUAACGACCGGCGUCACAAGCAGCUGCAGGAGGAGCAGGAGGAGCAGCGGAGUCCAGCGGAUCGAGUCUCUUCCCUCCUGCACCUGAGCCGCAGAUCCACCAACAAGGAGCUUUCCAGCAGUAACUCGUCCCUCAGCUCGUCCUCCGAGACGCCCAACGAGGCCACGACACCCGACACACCCGAGACGCCGCUGCGCUCACGCAGAAGGGGCGGCAUGUCUGUGGACUGCAUCACUGAUCUGGACGACAGUCACUCGCGUCUGCUGGAGGCUCUUCAGCUCUCGAUGCCUGUGGAGUCACACAGCGAGAAGAAGAAGACGAGCGACGCCAAGCUCAGCCUGAACCCCAUCUACAGACAGGUGCCGCGCGUGCUGGACAGCUGCUGCCAACACCUGCAGAAAUACGGUCUGCAGACGGUGGGCAUUUUCCGGGUCGGAAGCUCCAAGAAAAGAGUUCGGCAGCUGCGUGAAGCGUUCGAUCAGGGUGCUGAGGUUGUUCUGGACCAGCGGCACAGUGUUCAUGAUGUGGCGGCGCUGCUCAAAGAGUUUCUGAGAGACAUGCCUGAUCCUCUGCUGACCAGAGAACUCUACUCCGCAUUUAUCAGCUGCACGUGUAAGAAAAACAAUGCUGAGACAAACAUUCUUAAAGGAAUAGUUCAGCCAAAAAUUUACAUUUACUCACCCGUGAUUGGUAAUAAGAUGACGUCACUGAACCUGGCCACCAUAUUUGGGCCGAACCUCCUGCACAAGCAGAAGAGCUCAGAGAAGGAGUUCAGCGUUGAGAGUUCGGCGCGGAUGGAGGACAGCACAGCCAUCAUCAGCGUCGUCCAGCACAUGAUCGACACGCACCAGUCCCUGUUCAUGAUCUCAGCGGAGCUGCAGAACGAGCUUCUGCUGAGUUUGUUGGACACGGACAGUGACGUGGUGGAUUAUCUGCUGAGGAGGAAAACACCACAGUGUGAAGACGUGAAGAGCUCCAGUGGAGAAAAUUCUCCGUACGAUAACAACUCUCCGCUGCUCUCCGACUGGUUUCAUCCAUCAGGACCCGAGGAUCAGAGUCCCACGAACCUCCAGCAUGCUCUCGAGAGGAACAACACUGUGAACUUCUGCCUCUCCCCCUCACGAGCCGGCGCCGGGGAAACCAUAUGUGAUGAGGCUCGUAUCUGGCGAACACGACAGGCUCUUCUGUCAGGACUUCAUGACAAACUCCUCACAGGUUCGGAUGGACACCUGUAUAAACGCGAAUCGUGUGAAUUCUCUUAUGUCACUGCUGAAUGUGAAGCAUGCCUACAUCCAGUCGCAUCGAGACACCAGACUGCAUUUGACCAAUCAGAGGAGGCUCCCGCCAAACCAGACAACAGACUUCCUGCCGUGUCCAUGCAGCCGCGGGUCACUUCCUGUCAGCAUCCAGAUUGGCCGACAGAGAAGUGGCAAUUAUGGCAACUCCUGUCAUCAGACAGCAUAGACACACUUCCAGAGACUAUGGUGUGAAACACACAGUUUAAAGGGACAGAUCCC